UUUUGUAAGAAAAUGCAAAUGCUUAAAAUCUCCCUCCUCUGACCCCUUUAACUUUAUAUUUUUCCAUAUACGGGGAUGUAUGAGGCUCAUUUUUUGCGCCGUGAUCUGUAGUUUUUAUCGGUACCAUUGUUAUUUUAUUUAUUUUUUUUAUUGCUUUUUAUUUUAAAAAAAAUUUCUGGUAUAUGAAGGGACCCAAAAUCAGCAAUUUUCGAAACAUCUAAAUAUUUUUUUAAAUGCAUUUACCCCAUUCACCGCGCCAUUUCGUUAACGCUAUAUUUACUUUUUUUUACUAGGAGCGCCAUUCGGACAGCACAGAGGCUGAUAGCGACCCUCCUGCCGUUAAUUCGUCGCGAUCAACGCCCCCCCUGAACCCACCGGCAUCAGUCAUUUUGACUUUUAGAUCCCACGAUCAACUUUGAUUACGCAGGGUUGGUGCCGGUCGCGAUGGCCGCUGCCCAGCAUUAGCGGUUCCUCAUCAUGAAGAACCCGGGAAGAUUCCUAGAAGGAGCUUUGAUGUUCUAAGGAAUGGAUGAGCCACCAGCCGCAUGCGGAGACCCAAUCACAGUAGAGGAACUUAGACCUUCUCAAGACUUUGCUAAAAUGACUCGACCAAAAGUGACCGGCGGUGACAUCCAUGGUGCCAAGAAAGCUGUAGAGCAAAGCUUUGAGCUCAUAGAAGACCUCGGAGGCCAUCUUCACGCUAAGGAUGGACCACUGGAUCUGAAGGAGAGAGAAGUUCUUGGUGCUCCUUGUAAGGUAAACAUGGAAACUUUGACUAUUGACUCGUGUGUCUCCCAUAGUACGGACUCGUGUGUAACCAUCUCAGAAGACGUAGAAGAAGAAGAGGACACCUCCGUGGUUGACCAUGGAAGUUCUCAACCAACAGACAGUCAUGGGGUGGACUUGCUUUAUGGCUUGCCUAGGACAUCUUCUGCUUCCGGUAGAUCUCAGGUUGGGGAUGAUGAAGAACGUGAGAAAAAAUCAGGCGGACAUGAAGAUAAGGAGCUGGUGGAGUCCUCCAAACCUCUCCUCGAGGAGGACAACCCCGAGCAGGAGUGUCCCAUAUGCACCGAGAUAUAUGAUACCAUCAAGCACAAGCAGUCGUUACUCAACUGCAACCAUAUCUUUUGUGACAAAUGUAUCCGAACCAUGGUCAACAACGCCAACUGCAGCAACCUCUGCCGCCUGACGUGCCCCAUCUGCCGGCAGACGACGCCCAUGGUGGAAUGGGAGGUGCGUAGGAUGCAGGAGCAGAUGAUGGAGAGCGCUGGCGUCUGCGUUGAGCAGGACUAUGUGCCACCCCAGCCGCUGGUCAGAAGACCGGGACUAUGCGGAGCCCUGGAAUACAGGUUCCACAAACGCUUCCAGACCGGGCGCCUCUUCCCGCUUUGUAUCCGAAACCCCCAAAGGUUGAUGGAGAGGAUGACCCGGCUGAGGCACGGCUGUCGCUGCGUGUACUUUUUAGCGUUGGUGUUUUUGCUCUUUGCCGAGUUCUUCUGCUUUACCUUCCUGUUCCUCCCUAUUCUGGUGUUUAUUUUGAUGAUUGUUUUGGGCAAGUGAGACAAUAAAGUCACAAAGUGGAAUCGCUUUAUGGUAAAGAGUCGCUGCCUACAAUGAAAAUGAUCGGUAUGAGGCCGGUGUUAACACCAAAAAAACGAAGGCCCACAUAUACCGUGAUGUACACGUUCACUUUAAUGGGCUGAACAUAGUCUAUUAGUGACUAUAUCAGUGACUAUACCAGGGUGCCUCCAGCUGUUGCAAAACUACAACUCCCAGCAUGGCCGAACAGCCAAUGGUUGGGAAACACUGGACAUUUGCAUGGAAUCCUGGACAUUUGCAUGUUCUGCCAGCGCUAGGACCCGCUCGGAAAUGCGCCGUCUCAUAAGAUGGCAAUGCGCUUCGGAGCAGAAUCCACAGAAACAAUGAUCCUGUCUAAAAUUGGUGUUUCUAUUAGCUGUGGAAAAUCCGCCGUGUGCAGUAGGACUCUGCUGCUGCUGAAUUUCUCCUUUUAAUUCAUUUAUGUUUAGAAGAACAUCACAAGUUUAUCGUGUAAAAGUAUGUAAGCGAUAAGCUAUCAGCAUUAUGUCACCAAGCAAGGUCACCCCUGCCAUGCGGCUCAUUCUCCAUUCUAUUGUAGCAUUAUAAGAAAGUAUUUCAUGUUGUUUUUCCCAUCUUAAAGUUGUGGGAGAGGAAAAGCAACGACAUUCUGGUCCUCCUAUCUCAUCCUCAUAGUCCGACCUCCUAUCCUGUCCUCAUAUCUCGUCCUCAUAUCCUGUCCUCAUAUCCUGUCCUCAUAUCCUGUCCCCAUAUCCCGACCUCAUAUCCUGUCCUCAUAUCCUGUCCUCAUAUCCUGUCCUCAUAUCCUGUCCUCAUAUCCCGUCCUCAUAUCCCGUCCUCAUAUCCCGACCUCAUAUCCCGUCCUCAUACCCUGUCCCCAUAUCCUGUCCUCAUAUCCCGUUCUCAUAUCCCGUCCUCAUAUCCUGUCCUCAUAUCCUGUCCUCAUAUCCCGUCCUCAUAUCCCGACCUCAUAUCCCGUCCUCAUACCCUUUCCCCAUAUCCUGUCCUCAUAUCCUGUCCCCAUAUCCCGACCUCAUAUCCCGACCUCAUAUCCCGUCCUCAUAUCCCGUCCUCAUAUCAUGUCCCCAUAUCCUGACCUCAUAUCCCGUCCUCAUAUCCCGACCUCAUAUCCCGUCCUCAUAUCCCGACCUCGUAUUCUGUCUUCAUAUCUCGUCCUCCUAUCCCAUGCACCACACUAACUAUUCACUGCGCCUGCCUUUGGUCAGUCGUCAGGAUGUUUAAAAGUCCCGGGCAAUCUCUGCAGCCAGAGAGUAACGUAAGAGAUGUACUGGAAAUUCAAUAGACUUGAAUGUGACUUUAGAGAAAAUUCCCCCACCCUCACCCAAGAAGGUAGGUUAGGGUUAAUUAUCUCUAUUAUAUUUUACUUGACAUUUAACAUGUACUGAGUUUUAUCGAAAUAUCUCUAGCUGUUUGAAAGUUAUGUUGGAACCUACUCACAUAUAUACACACAUAUACAUUUAUACACACACACACAUAUACAUAUACACACAUAUACACAUACAUUUAUACACACACAUACACAUACAUAUACACAUACAUAUACAUAUAUAGACACAUAUACACAUACAUAUACAUAUAUAGACACAUAUACACAUACAUAUACAUAUAUAGACACAUAUACACAUACAUAUAUAGACACAUAUACACAUACAUAUACAUAUAUAGACACAUAUACACAUACAUAUACACACACAUAUACACAUACAUAUACACACACAUAUACACAUACAUAUACACACACAUAUACACAUACAUAUACACACACAUAUACACAUACAUAUACACACAUACACAUAUAUACAUAUACACACAUAUACACAUACAUUUAUACACACACAUACACACACAUAUACACAUACAUAUACAUAUAUAGACACAUAUACACAUACAUAUAUAGACACAUAUACACAUACAUAUACAUAUAUAGACACAUAUACACAUACAUAUACACACACAUAUACACAUACAUAUACACACACAUAUACACAUACAUAUACAUAUAUAGACACAUAUACACAUACAUAUACACACACAUAUACACAUACAUAUACAUAUAUAGACACAUAUACACUACAGACCAAAAGUUUGGACAC